UGUCCGUCGCAGCCCCUUCCCCCUCGCUGGCCAUCUGAUAAUAGAAAGAACACUUUAUGAGGCAGCAUGCUUGAUGCCGCUGCGCUAGAAAGACAUCUGGACUGCCGCAUUUGAGAGCCGGAACGAGAGAGGGAUGAAGUCGGAGGCUACAGAGGACAUCUCGGCUGGACUUCCAUCUCAAGAGGCUCUUUCAGAGGUCCUGUCGGAGGUCUCCGCAAAAGAGCCCACCCAAGGUGAGGAGGAGGAUGUGGCGGGGGACGGCGACAGCUCUGAGCGUGGUCCUCUGGGAUGCUUGCUUUUGCCUGCGGCCGCAUGCUGUGUGUGCCUAGAGCUCGAGCAGGUGCGUAACUGCGUUCGCUCGGAAAAAAUCUGCAUCCUACCCAUCCUGGCCUGCUUGCUGAGUCUGGCCCUCUGCACAGCCGGACUCAAGUGGGUCUUCGUGGAUAAGAUCUUUGAAUAUGAGCCUCCGAGCCACCUCGAUCUCAAGCGCAUAGGACAGGACCCUAAUUUAAAUUUGGACCCCACCGCGUCAGUCUCGGCCCCAACCUUCAACUCUACCCCGACGACUGCAAACGUCCCAGGACAGCCAAAAGUCUUUGUGGAGGGGGAGUCCACGGGCGGACCGUUCGAGCCCCCCUCCACUAAGGUGCCUGUCUUCACAUCCACUGCAGCAGCCACUUUUCACACAGACUCUGCAUCUCCACCCAGCCCCAAGAGCACCUUCAGACCGCCUCGGAAUGACACCUCAAACCAAUAUCCAUCCCAAACUCUGGAGUCUAACAAUAUCCUUCCCAGAACCUCCGCCACCAGCACCACACCGUCAGCCAAGACCUCCAGUCACGUGACGCCCUGCAGCGAGAGCGAGAGAAACUACUGCGUGAACGGAGGAAAAUGCUUCACGCUGGAGGUCACGCCGGGAAAAAUACACCGCUUGUGCAGGUGCCCCAAUGAGUUUACUGGUGAUCGCUGCCAAAACUACGUAAUGGCCAGUUUCUACAAACAUCUUGGGAUUGAAUUUAUGGAAGCUGAGGAGCUCUAUCAGAAACGUGUUUUGACAAUAACAGGCAUCUGCAUCGCGCUCCUAGUUGUUGGCAUCAUGUGUGUGGUGGCUUACUGCAAAACAAAGAAACAGAGGAAAAAGCUGCAGGAUCGCUUACGGCAGAGUUUACGAGAACACAACGCUGUGGCUAAAAGUCCUCCUCAUCCUCCACCCGAAAACCUCCAGCUGGUCAAUCAUUGCGUGUCAAACACACGGCAUGGACAUGUGACCGAGAAAGAAGCAGAAACCUCUCUCUCCACAAGUGACUUCACAACGCACGCGUCCACCGCCGUCAUCAACCUCUCCAGCCCGUGUUGGAGUCAUGGACAAACAGACAGUGUGGAUUGUGACAGUCAUGCGGUGGCGGUGAAGUCAUCGGUGGAGAAGUGUUGUCAUCACGUAACGCCGGUUCAAAGAGUCCGUCUGAACGCUACAGGAGGAUCAUCACAUCAGAUGACCCUGAACACCUCCAGCAGAGACAGCGGCCGGUACGUCUCAGCCGUGACGACACCCACCCAUCUGUCACCCGGGGGGCUUCUGUCUCCGGUGACGCCCUCCUCUCCACCCUCAGAGAUGUCGGCUCCUCUCUCCAGCCUGGCGCUCUCCAUCCCUUCCAUGGCGACCAGUCCGUCCGGAGAGGAAGAGCGCCCCCUGCUUUUCCGGACGCCUCCGAUCCUGCGCGACAAAUCCGGUUCCAACCCGGCCCAGCGGUCAGGCCACAAUCUCCGUAACUCCGCCCACUACAAUCACGGCCUGGAGCUCCUGAGCCCUCCGGCCAGCCCUCUGCACGUGGGUGAGGACGGCGGAGAGAACGUGAGUUCACGUCAGCCCUCCCCCCCGCACAGCCCCUCUGACCACGCUCAAAGAACUCAGCAGACGGCCGAAGCGUCGCCGGCGAGCGCCAGUAACUCGGAGAGCAGCGGCUCGGAGAGCGAGGACGAGGACACGCCGUUUCUGGGCUCAGAGGACCCGCUGGGUGGCGUCUGUGCCGGGUCUGUGGAGGGCAGCAGAACUAAGCCCGCAUUACACCUGUCGGCACAGGAACACCUGCAGAACAGACUCCCCAACAUCAUAGUCAACCAAGAUCCUAUAGCCGUGUGAAAGAAACUCGACAGAUCACCACCAAACCUUUAUUUUCUAUAAUUAGGAGAAAUAAUUUUAUUUUAGCGAAACAAAGACUUUUAUAAACUCAAUGUAUAAACAAAUGUCUUUAUGUUAUGAUGUGGAUAUUAUUAUUAUUAUUAUUAUUAUUAUUAAAAGUGCCAUUCACGUGUAGCUGAGGUCACAGUAUUUCAUUAGCAGAAAAAUAUAAUCGACGGUGCCUUUUCAUUUACGUUGGGACAAAAGACUGCAUUAUGCCACUGGGCCGUAUAUUCAUCACAAAAUAAGU